AUGCAUCUAUCGCUGUCUCCAGACACACCCAUGUUGUCCCUUCUGGUACCUGCUGUGGCGGUGCUGUGGUUGUUGUUGGUGGUGGUGCUGGUCUAUGGAAUACGUCGAUGCAGGAGUCUGAGAGCAAAACGGAAAUUAAGGUAUGCUGCCCACCUGACUGCACUGAACAACAGAGCCAGCAGCGAGUCCCCCAACGCUACAGUCCACGUCGAGGGUGCCAGGGUGUCCUACUCAAACAUGAGAGAAUCUUCUGCUACAAGCGAGCAGCACUACGCUACAGCUCAUGACGAGGGUGCCAGAUGGCCGGUGCCAGGCCACAGGUCUGAUGCUACAGCUAAUGACGAGGGUGCCAUCUUGCCGGUGCCAAGCAACAGGUCUGAUUCUGCAGCUGACUACGUGGCUCUCGGGCAGGAAGAACACGUCCACAUCUACACGGCUCUGCGCCUCAAAGCUAGGCAGCAGGUGGGGUGGUGGGAGAAGGAAGACUGACACAGCGGGAGGAUCACCACAAGCCGGGAUAACACCUCCUCAUCACUGUAUCCUCAACUCUCACAGGGCAUGUCCUAUGUGAAACAUCCAGAGAAGGAACACGUUCCAGAAACUCUAGCACGACUCAACUCAACAGAUUUUGUUACUAUGUCCCUGUCUUGAUGUAGAUGUGAACGUUACUAUGUCCCUGUCUUGAUGUAGACCAGAACGUUACUAUGUCCCUGUCUUGAUGUAGGUCUGAACGUUACUAUGU